AUGAGUAGUGGGUUCGAUGAUUCGGAAGGUGACACCCCACUUCAUGAUGCUAUUUCGAAGAAGCGCGACGAUAUAUUGACUUUACUGCUGGACCACGGUGCCGAUAUGACACGAACAAAUAACAAUGGAUUUAAUGCACUUCACCACGCCGCGCUGCGAGGCAACCCGAGGUGGGAGCGCACGGCGGAACUGUCGUUACCCGCAAUUAGCGGCUCGACACACGCGGAUAAUCCGCGCCGCCGCCCGCCGCCCGCCCCGCGCCGCCCCCGCCCGCGAAUGCACUACGGAUCCAGCGAA